CACAAACAUAAUACCAUAUUUAUUACUUAAGAGCUUACUAUAAUCGCCAUGAUAUGUUCAGUUAGUCAUAAAAUCUCCUAUAUUCGGAGUUAAAACUAGCGAUUUCAACCUUUCGCGGUUAGUUUUAUAUUUCUGAUUCAUUUAAGUACCGAUUACGUAGCAUUCUAUCGAUGCCGAGCGUGGAAUAUAUUAGUGGCCCAACGGAUUAUUGCUCGUGUCAACGUGAUUCCGUAGUUAUUUCCAAACAAUCUCAACCGUCUUCCAUUAUAUAACGGUGUAUCAGUGUAUUUAACUUCAAGUUCAAAGGUCACUUACUACGAUAUGAGUUUAUCUAUACACUCGACGAAAACAGAAUUUCGAGUGGAAUUAGUACAAGUGUUAUUCAGGCAUGGAGAACGAGUACCGCGCCAGAAAGAAUUGCUCCUGAACGAUCUUCAUAAUGUGUCGACGUAUGAGCCCUGGGGCCUCGGGCAGCUGACAAAUCAAGGAAAAAUGAGAGAAUAUCGUAUAGGAAAAAUGUUACGAGAUCGUUAUAACAAAUUCUUAGGCGAUAUUUAUCAUCCUAGUGACGUGUACGCUUACAGCACAGACAUGGACCGAACAAAAAUGUCUCUUCAAUUAGUCUUGGCUGCGCUCUAUCAUCCGUCCCCAACGCAAAUGUGGAACAAAGACUUGUCAUGGAUGCCUAUACCGAUACAUUAUAUGCCGGAGAAAGUGGACAAUAUAAUGAAACCAGAUUUCUCUCCAGUGUAUUUGGACGCGCUAAAGACAGUGAGAAAAUCAGAAGAGGUUCUUAACAAAAUCUCAGUGUUCAGCGAUUUACUCAAGUUUCUGUCUCAGAAAACUAGCAUAAAUAUAACUCGAACGAGCCAAGUGUAUGAAAUUUAUAAUUUGCUGGUAGCACAGAAAAGCAUGAAUCUGGUAAUGCCAGAAUGGUGCACCGAUGAUGUUUACAAAAAUAUUCAGGAUGUUGUUAGACUCGAGUAUAAGAUUCGUUCUUACACGUCGCUAAUGAGACGACUGAACGGUGGCGCACUUAUCAAAAGAUUUAUCGAUAACAUAAAACGUAACGAAGAUAGCGCUACACCACGAAAAAUUUACUUGUAUAGCGGUCACGAAACGAAUAUCGCAGGAUUCGUGAGAGCGCACAAUGUCACUGUGCCGGAUCUGCCAAUGUAUGGUUGUGCAAUCAUAUUUGAAAAAUUAAGCGACGCAGCUGGCAAGCACUUUAUUAGGAUGAUUCUAUGGACUGGAAGUACGGAAGAGUUGAUACCUUAUAAAUUCCCUGGCUGCGACGAGAUCUGUCCAAUCGAUAAGUAUAUUGAGUUAGUACAAAAUGUCAUUCCAUCGGAACAAGAAAUGAAUCAUAUAUGGGAUUAUAUAUCGAAAGAAGAACUUUGUAAGCUGUACGAAGAAAAAUUGAAUCCUAACUAAAAUGUUCAAAAAGUUGAUAUUACUGAAUUCUUUACUUAAAUUAAUGUAAUGAAACAUUUACGUAAACGAUAUAAAAAUUAGCACAUAUCACAGUAGAAACAAAUGUAUUUUAAUUAGUAAUGUUCAUGUUAGAACGUUAUUUCAACAGUAUUACCACAAAUCGGUAAUAAAAUAUACAUGUGUAGAAUAGAGAAACGUAGAAGCUAAUGAAUAAAAUUUUUGAAAACAAAAAUAGAAACACUUUAAUACUUGAUCUAUGUGUAUAUAUUUAAA